CCAUCUUCGUCUUUUUGCAUACACUCCCUUUUUCUUCUUUGCAGUACUCAUGUCUCUCCACUACCAUACAUUAUCCCUGGCGAUCAGGGCAAUUGUCACUUUAAUAAUCGCAGGAAAACUGCAAUUGAACCACAAAUACUUCUUCCCUAUCCUCCUUGCUGCAAUUGCAUCGACGUUUGCCCUUGACGGCAUGAUAAUUUUUCAAGGAUACGACGGCCGAAACAUCCUGUUCAACAAACGACACCCAUUCCAUCAUAGCCAGUCUCUGCCACUCGCAUUGCAAUUGCUGACAAUACUCCAAGCAAACCUUGUGUGGUUGGCAGCUGCUGUCAAUUUGUUGCUAAGCAGAGAAGGAAUAUUAUGGAUCAAGGCACAUCUUCGUCAAUUUAAAGCAACAGUCAUUGGAAUUGCCGUUUCUGCCGUUGGAUCCUAUUAUCUGCGUUACCAGGUCGACUUUUACUACAUGCAGUGCUUCCAACAAUGCAUUACGGUUGCUUACGCUGGUGCGUGGGCAUAUGCAUUGCUAGUGCAUUGGCGUCAUCACGAGCAAAAACAACAUUUGUCCGCAGUCCUCUUGGCUUACGGAAUCGUCACGUUAUUACAACCUGUUCAGGGCACGCUCGAUUCUAUCACUAUCCUUUUCUCGUAUCGGGCGCAAGAUGCUUUGUUAGCAUAUGAACCGCUUAUCCAGAAACCACUUCCCGUUCUGUCAUUCUCGGUCUACUUUUUUGAGAUUCAGACACCUCUCAUCGUUCUUUUGCUGACCCUGCGCAGCGGUCCUGAUUGGGCUACUCGACAAGUGCAGCAGCCGCCAAGCGACAUAGAAAAGGGUGCUGUAGCAACCACUGGAAUGUCAUCAAAACAGUAG